UCCGCCCACCAUGGACGGAGGAGGUGGUCCUAGCGCGCAGCGGUGACGUGUUCUUCCAGCGCCACGUCGUGAGUCCGCCAGGAGUGGAAGAAAUAAGCUUCCCACGGCGUCCUAGAGUGAACAGAGCGACCCAGAGGAGGGGACGGUGGGCGAGGAGUCGGCCGCGACAGGCAUUAAGGUCCGGCCGGAGGAGUGAGUCCAAGACCACCAAGGUAACAGGUUAUCUGGUUGUUAUUUUGUUCUGGGGUGAUUUCUCACAUAGCAAGAAAUAUGUCAUGGAUCAAAGAAGGAGAGCUGUCACUUUGGGAACGGUUCUGUGCCAAUAUCAUAAAGGCUGGCCCAGUGCCCAAACAUAUUGCAUUCAUAAUGGACGGAAACCGUCGUUAUGCCAAGAAAUGCCAGGUGGAGCGGCAGGAGGGCCACUCACAGGGCUUCAACAAGCUCGCUGAGACUCUGCGCUGGUGUUUGAACCUGGGCAUCCUGGAAGUGACUGUCUAUGCGUUCAGCAUUGAAAACUUCAAACGCUCCAAGAGUGAGGUUGACGGGCUACUGGAUCUAGCCCGACAGAAGUUCAGCUGCUUGAUGGAAGAACAGGAGAAGCUCCAGAAGCACGGGGUGUGUAUCCGUGUCUUGGGCGACCUGCAUUUGUUGCCCUUGGACCUCCAGGAGAAGAUUGCACAUGCUGUCCAGGCUACUAAGAACUACAACAAGUGUUUCCUCAAUGUCUGCUUUGCAUACACAUCCCGUCAUGAGAUCACCAACGCCGUGAGAGAGAUGGCCUGGGGAGUGGAGCAAGGACUACUGGAACCCAGUGAUGUCUCUGAGUCCCUGCUGGAUAAGUGCCUCUAUAGCAACCACUCUCCUCAUCCUGACAUCUUGAUACGGACCUCGGGAGAAGUUCGGCUCAGUGACUUCUUGCUCUGGCAGACCUCCCAUUCCUGCCUGGUGUUCCAGCCUGUUCUGUGGCCAGAAUAUACAUUUUGGAACCUCUGUGAGGCAGUCCUGCAGUUUCAGAUGAACCAUAGUGCACUUCAGCAGAAGGCCCGAGACAUGUAUGCUGAGGAGCGGAAGAGACACCAGCUGGAGAGGGACCAGGCUGCAGUGACCGAGCAGCUGCUUCAAGAGGGACCCCAGGCCAGUGGGGAUGCCCAACUCCGACGGACACGCUUGCACAAACUCUCCGCCAAACGGGAAGAGCGAGUCCAAGGCUUCCUGAAGGCCUUGGAACUUAAACGGGCUGACUGGCUGGCACUUUUGGGCACUGCAUCUGCCUAAGUGAGGCUGGCUACUGGCCACUUUGCCCUGCCCUGUGCCUCUUGGGCCCCAACUUCCUUUUCUUUUCUUUGUGAAAGGCACCUUUCUGUUUUUGAUGAA